AAAUCAAACAUACUAAAUAUGGAGAAGUUUAAAUUUGCCGAACAGUGGAAACACUACAAUCCAUUAGACAAAAGAAGUCAAGAUAUCAAUUUUGAAAAGAGUAAUAAAUACCCAUAUUGUAAACCAGAAAAGGAUACAACAAUUGAUACCUUACUUCAACCCAAAAUCUCAAGCGUUGGAGUGAUUCCUAUCAGGAAAACAUCACAAGUUAACGAAAUGGGUGUUAUGGUGAUAGGAAAGUCGAAUUUGGGCAUCGACAAGGACAAAGAUAAAGAAAUUACAAAAGAUAACGAAGACCCGGAUGAACAACAAAUAGAAUUUGUUAAUAAAGUGAAAAAAUCGAAAUUGAAACCUGAGAAAAUGCCUGCUAUUGUAUCCAGUACUGGUACUACUGGAAAAAUUAGUUUUUCAGAAAGAAGAAAACCAAAAGCGACUCCAAUGACAAAGUUGAAAGGUCAUGUUUUUACAAAACCCUCACUCAUCCCUGCUCCACCAAACAGCAGAACGAGCAAAAGAACGUCGAGCAGACAUUCAUCUCGUAUGGAUGCUAUAUCUGCAAACUCACAAGUAUCAGGCAAGCAGUUGGAAGCACCACCAAGUUCCCCCUCUGACAAACAACAAGGAGAAGUUGAGUUUGCUACAACUGAGGAAGUAAGAGAUGUUGGAUCAGCAAGGUCGGUUGAUGACAUCAUCAAAUCGCUUCGAACAUCUCGGGAAGGAACAGAAGUUAAAUCUUCUUCUGACUUAAGAAUUGAUGAAUUAUUGAAGCAAGUUUUGGGUCAUUCAGAAGAGUGGACUAACAAGGAAGAACAAAUGAAAUCAGUUGAAGAAGAAAAUGUUCAAGUUCCUGUUUUGCCAACAAAAAAAGAUCGCAAACGAUUAUCGACGUCUGAUGCAGAAGAAGAUAUUGAUGUAUCAGAUACUGUUUCUACGCUUGCAAGUCAAAUAUCUGCUCCCGCGGGUAUCCCUGAUGUUGCUGCAAUAUUACUGAGAAAAUCAUCAGAAACUGCACAAAGAUGGAAGCAAGAUUCAGAUUACAGUGGAUUUUCGACUCCAGUACUUGGUGGUGGAGAUGCUGAUGAUUAUGUUGAUGCAGCUCAAGCAUUUCGUGAUUUAAACAGAUCGCUGGAUGUAACAAAUGAAGAUAUCAUUUGUGUUGAAGGGAAACCUGCACCACUCGUUAAAUAUCAAACUACCAGUGAUGAUGAAGGUUAUUAUGGCAGUGGAACAUCAUCUGGAUCAGCUACUGAACGAUUUCAUCCUGCUGAUUUAUCUUCAACAAUUACAACCGGCGGUCGAAUCCAUCAUUUGUGUUUGUUGGCAGCAAACUCUUCUUCACAAUUUGGCGUAUCUCCUUCAGAUGCUGCUAUUUCACAACUAACACACGCUGUUGCACAAAGACGAAAUGCUUUAGAAACUAAUCGCCAGUUUACAAAUAAAACAAAGGAAAAUGCCACUGAUUUUCCACCUGCACCUCCUCCGUCACAAGCACACACAAUGUCUGGUGCAGAUGACACAAGUGCUGCUAGUCAAUAUGGUCUGAAUCAAGAAAUUCCCUCCGUUCUGCAAGAAGUAGAAGAAUAUAAUAAACAAGUAAUGCAACAAGCAUCGGAAGAAACAGCAUUAUCCCGUCAUCAGAUUCCAUCUGAACAAGAAGAAAUUAAACUUGAUACAAGCAAAAUUGAUCCUUUAGAUAUGAAUGCCUGGAGACAACUCGCUGACAAUGUGUUGGAAAACAAAAAUAUGACACAACAGGGAGAAACUUGUUUUGGGAGGGAAUCAAACAUAUGGAGAUUGAUAUGGGAUCCUGCUCCACCUAAGAUGUUAUUACCUCCAGUUGCAAUUAAAGCUGCAUUAUUUCCCCAAUACCAUGGAUCACAAAUAGCAUCUGGAUCUGUGGAUGGUGUAAAAACGGAACUCGACAUGGAAGAUAGUGAAUCAGAAACAGAAGCAGAUUCUGAGGAAAAGAAACAUGAGUUUAACUUACUUUAUUUGAAUAGAAGACAUAAAUCGGAAGACGAUCUUUCAGAAAUUUCAAAAAGAAAAUCAUCUAUAUAUAUUGAGGAAUCUGUCAAUCUUGGAAGAUCAAAUUCCAUUCCGGAUAUUUCAGAAGCUGAAACGACCGAAGAACCAAUUGUGAAGAUGAAUUCUGAUUAUUCCACUGCGAUGGAAGAACUCAGACAACAAAGAAUGCAAGCAAUGGAAAAAGAACGAGAAACAAUGCUCAUGUCUGCAACUAUGCCUGAUUCAAGUGCUAUGCCGACACAUGAUAUUGCGCAACAAUUAUCAGUUGGACAAGUACAAGAUAUAAAGGCUACAAAAUCAACCAAGUUUAUGAUGGAACCUCUUCCACCGGAACAAAGAUUGAGUUUAGCUGAAUUAUCAAGACAAGGUGGACAAGAUUAUAUUCCAUACAGAAGAAAAAGCAGAAAGAAGAGUAUCAAGAAAAAUUUUCCACUCGUUCAAGAAAUUCGUAGAAUCCUGGCAUCCUAUAUUCCCGUCCCAUUGAAACGAUCCAGAUCGCUCAAUACGAUUGAUCCAAUUCAACUUCCAAAAGCUGAAGAAAGACCACUAACAAGACGCAGUACGCAUCGCACUAAUUUACACAGUCACCUGAGCCGAAGUCUUCCAAGGGAUCUUAAUUUCCAAGAAUUUAUUGACCUGCAUGAUAAUGUUAGACCAGAUGACACUAGAGAAUGGGUCAGAGGAAUUUGGAAUGAAUGGUUUGAUGAGGUAAUUCCUCCAUCAGUUGCUGAUGAUGAUGAUUCUUGGUCAACAUCUUCAUCUGAACCAGAGGAAUCAGAAACAAUUGAAGAUCAGAAGCAAUCUGCAGCAAUCGCCCAUCCAGGAUCAGGAUCGUCAUCUGCUGAAAAAUCCAAACUUCCAACUAAAAUACCAGAUGUCUUGCAACCUGUUGUUAUUCACACUGCUACAGAUGACUAUCAGUUCGCAGAUGAAGAAACAACAGUCGAUGUGAUGGAGAAAGAGGUAGAGAGGAUAUCAAUAAAAAUACAAACGUUACUAGAAACUGAAACUUCUACAAAAGCAAUUUUGCUGUCAAAAAGAGGAGCAAUGUAUAGAAAACUAGGACAAAUUAAAUUAGCUACUGAAGACUUGAACGAAGCAUUGUCAUUAGAACCAAGAUUAUCUGCUGCAUAUUGGCAUCGUCAUCUUAUUAAGUUACUCGAAAACAAAUCUCAUGAAGCAUUGGAUGAUUUGAAUAUUUUACUAAAAUUAAACAAGCAACAUGUCCAUGCUUAUAGAUCGAGGGCAGAUAUAUUUGCUUCUCUUGGUGAUUUUACGAUGGCGAUAGUAAAUUAUACUCAAGCCGUCAAACUCAGUCCUAAUGAUGAGGAAGCAUAUUUUCAACGUGCCCAAUUGUAUGAAAAGAAAGGGGAUAUGUUGUUAGCACUAGAAGACUAUGGAUCUGUUGUACGAAUUAAUCCUUCCCGUACUGAUGCUUUGUUGAAACGUGGACGAUUCCAUUUCUCACACGGAAACUGGCACAGUACUAUUGCUGAUUUUACUCUGAUGAUCCAAAGGGAACCUAACAAUGCAUUAGCCAGGACUUACAGAGGAAGGGCGUAUGCUUCUAUGAAACAAUAUGAGAGUGCUUUGGCUGAUCUAUCGGCUUCCAUUCAUCUUGACCCACUCAUGGAGAGCUUUUAUCAUAGAGCAUGUUUAUUACGAACUCUAGCUCCAGAGAAAUCUCUCCAAGACUUCAGCUGCUCUUUACUUAUAAAUGACACGUUUGAUAAUGCAAUGGCACUUCUACACCGUGGUAUUCUCUACACUGAGUUGAAGCGUUAUCCUGAAGCAGUUGUUGAUUUUGAAGAAGCUCUUCGACUUGAUCACGGAUUAGCUUGUGCCCAUGUUAACAUAGGUCUUGUGCAUCAUCAGAUUACAAGAAAUUAUUUGGAAGCGAUCAGACAUUUUACUAAUGCGAUCAAUGUUGACCCUACAUAUACAAGGGCAUACAUGUGUCGAGCAGAUUCAUAUGAACAAGUAAAUGAAUAUAAACGAGCUUUGCAUGAUGUUACAAGAGCUAUUGUACAAAGACCAGAUGACAGACAUUUGUAUUUAAGACGUGGACAAUUACUGUUACAGCUUGGUGAACUGAAAUUGGCAGGAUUCUGUGUACGUCACAUCGCAACUUUAGGAGAAGGAAUUGUUUCAACUUCAGCUACUCAACAGGCCGUUGUUCAGUCUUUCUUGAAAAAUCACGAUAUAGCAGUGAAUAGCUUGACUGCGGCAUGUAAAGUGAAACCUGUUCCUCAUAUGUAUGUUCUCCUCGGCAAAACUUUGAUGAAAGCCAAGAAAUUCAAGGAUGCCAUUUUCAAUUUCAAGAAUGCUCUUGAUCUUCUUGGGUCAUAUUCAUUCUCUUCAAUGACAUCACAAUCAGAAUUUAGUCAGAACCAAUCAAGUCCUGAGGAAUCUUCUGAAAUACAUUUUCUACUCGGUCAAUGUUACACUCAACUUGAGCAGCACUCAAGGGCAUUGAGUUCAUAUAAUAAUGCACUGAAGGCAAACUCGAGUCAUGCUCUUGCUUUUUAUCAUCGUGGUUUAUGUCGUCUGAAGAUGGAUCAUUCUAAAGGUGUACAAGAUUUAAACAGGGCACUUGCACUUGAUCCAACCUUGUUUGAAGCUUAUCUCAGUAGAGCUGCAUUCUAUGGAACAAAAGGAAGAUAUAGCAAAGCAAUCUUAAAUUGCAAUGAAGCUUUACGUCUGCGUCCGACCAGUGUUCGAGCAUAUUUAUACAGAGGAGCUUUGAAAUUUCACAUCAAAUCCUAUCAAUUGGCUGUACAAGAUUUAACUUGUGCUAUUAAAUUGGAACGUACCUGUUCCCUUGCUUAUUUCAAUCGGGCCACAUGUUUUCAAAGAAUGAAGAAGUAUCGUGAGGCACUCAAGGAUUAUAGCAUUGUGUUAAUGCUAGAUGAAUCAAAUCCGGAGGUGAUUGAAGAUGAUAAAAAUAAAAAGAAGACAAAACAAAUUGUGGUUCCUUUGAAACUGAGAGUUUGUGUCAACAGGGGCUUGCUUUAUUUGAAAGAUCUUGACGAUGCCCACAAUGCAGCAUUAGAUUUUGAAUUAGUUACAGAAAUGCAACCCAAAAAUAUUAAAGUUCUGCACACUAUGGCACUAUGUUAUCACAAGUUGAAGUUGUUGGACAAAGCAAUUGAAUCUUAUACCAGAUGUUUGUCAGUUGAUCCAUAUUUCUUGGCUGGAUAUAUUGGGCGUGGUGAUGCGUACGCUGAUGCUAAAGAUGUCGUUUCAUCGAGAUAUGAUUAUCAACGAGCAUUGAAAUUAAAUCCUACUUGUGUUUCAGCUCGAAUUAACUUAGGAUACAGCUUGCAGUCCAUCGGUAAACUGCACCAAGCAUGGCUUCAGUUUUCUCGGGCAAUAGAGCUUGAUGAGAAAUCACAACAAGCGUUAGAAGGCCGAGCUGUCACUUGUUUACGAGCCGGAAACAUUGAUGCAGCUUUCCAAGAUAUCACUGCCGCAUUCAGGGCAGGAAAUCCAACAGCUAGGUUACAUGCAGCUCGGGGAGUAAUCCAUCAGUAUAUGGGUGAUGUCAAGAGUGCCAUGUCUGAUUACCAGCGAGCGGUUAAAUUAGAUGGAUCCUAUUCUGUUGCAUUUUUCAAUGCAGCUGCUCUGUAUCUACGAGAUCGCAGGUUCAGAGAAGCAUUAGCUUAUCUAGAUAAAGCGGUCCAGAUAACUCCUGAAGAUGAUGCAGCAUUAACGAAUCGUGGUAUUGCUCGUGUUCUAUUGAAUGAUACUGAGCGAGCACUCGAUGAUUUCAAUGAUGCAAUUAAAUACAACAAUACAAAUGCUCAUACCUUCUACAACCGGGGAAAUUUAUUGAACAUGUUGAAGAGAUACAAAGAAGCAGAAAUGGAUUACACAACAGCCUUCACUGUUGAUCCGAGUGACUAUGGAGCACUAAAGAAGAGAGCUGAUGUCAGAGGAAAGCUGGGCAAAAGAGAACAAGCCAUAGGAGAUUAUAGAGAGGCACUCGAGCUUUAUGAAAGGAAAAAGUUUCUUGCAGGCGCAGCUUAGAUUCUAAAACUAAACAACAAAAUUUUAAGAUAGUAUUAUUCAUUGUAAUUUUUACAGUGUGUCGUUUGAAAUGCUUGACAAAAAAAAAAGAUAUAUUUCUUAUACUCUUCUGACCAGCAAAUAUAAUACUGUGAAUAUACACUG